AUGACAGGGGUUCAGCCAAUGCCCUGUCCAGUGCUCCUCGGCACUGUGAAAGGUGGAGGUUUAUCAGCUCUACUGCACAGAUACACAAUUGAGAAAAAAGUAGCAAAAGUGGAGAAAGUGCUCAAGAAAGGUGUGGGAGUUGACAGCAUGAACCACCUUGGACAGACAUCACUCUUUUGUGCGUCUCUCCUUGGCUUUGCUGGUGUAGCAGAGAAACAUCUACAGUAUGGAGCGAACCCAAAUCACCGCUGUAAUGAUGGAAGUACUCCCGUCCAUGCUGCAGUUUUCUCUUGUAAUCCCUGGUUGCUGAGUUCACUGCUGGAUGCUGGCGGGGACCUGCGUCUCCAUGAUGAUCAGGGCCGGAUACCGAAGGACUGGGCCAAGGCAGGCGCUCAGGAGAACAGUCCGAAGAUGCUUGCUUUUCUGAAGAGAUGCGAGUCUCAAAUGCAGAGCUUGUUGCAAACACAUCUGUCCAGAGAUGCGCGUACCACCCUGACCUCCUCAAAGACACUGCUGAGCUCUCCAUCCCUGCUCAAGCUCUUACGACCUUGGUCACCUGAGCUCAUUCAUGAAAAUAAAAUCAGUCAUAAGAUCACUGCCUGUGAUAUGAUGAUGCAGUGUUUUGGCUUUGGAAAGUUAUGCUUUGAGAAGCCAGGGUUAAGUUUGGGAUUGGCUGCUUCUGUGCCCUUGAUAAGUGACGGUGACUUAGUUCAAGCUAACGAUGAGCCUCUCAAUUCCUUUAUGUGUGGAUCUUUCAUACGUAUGACCAAUUACAGUUGGAAAGGAUGUCGUGUCACUGUUAAAGAGCUACAUGAUCAGAUUUUGCAACAAUGUGAAGAACAUGAUGGUCUCCUGGAUCUGCUCAUUUCUGAGCAGGAGUAUUGCUGUCAGCUGUCUCACCCGCACCUGCUGCUGCUGAUGGCUGUGAGUAUCUCCGCUGAACUGGACAGCACAAAGCUGGUCUAUGAGAGAGUAAAUGUGGGGUCCCUGUACAAUCUGCUGCACCAAAGGCGGGAUGAGUUUCCUUUCCUACCGCUGUUUGACCUAUUAUCAGUGGUGCUACAGGUGUGUGAGGUGUUAAUGUACCUGCAUGGCCGAUCUCUGGUGCUCAGGGCUCUUUCCUCACACACUGUACUUAUAGUGCACCCUGGAGUUGCCAAGGUUACAGGCCUUGGGUUCAUUGUACCCAGUGAGGGAACGACCCCCUACACCCCACCUCCUGUUCCUUUGCCUCUCAGCCUGAUCAACUGGGCAGCUCCAGAAGUGAUUAGAUGUAGAGCAUGUACAGGAAAAGCUGAUCUCUAUAGUGUGUGUGCCCUUUUACAGGAGAUCUUUACAGAUGCUGUGCCAUGGGGCUCCACAGACCCACGCUGGAUAAAACGGUCAGUAGAGGCUGGUCAGGCUCUGAUAGCAAACCCUGCUGUGCCUGAGCCUUAUUACCACUUCCUGCAGACGGGCCUCCAGCACAGAGCCCAGCACAGGACCAGCAGCCUGCAUGAUUUGUGCUACAAUCUACGCUGUCAUAUAAGGGAGAUAAGAAGCGAGAAGACGAGAAGUGGAUGGCACUCAAGGUCAGCUCUUCAGAGCAUCCCUGGAUGGAAUACUGAUAUUAAUCAGACAAGAGAGCAAGACAAAUCUGUAUAUCAGCACUGCAGGACUGCAGUACACAAUGAGAUCCAGGAACAUCACCUGAAAAGAAUCUACAGAGAAGAAGAGGAGUCCACCACAGACACUAAUGACCUCCACUCAGAUAUUUCGCAUAGUGACAUCACUGCUUUGCAUGAAUGGCCAACUACCCAUCAUACCCCACUCUCUGAGGCACCUUGUUCUAACCAUAGUGAUACAGACAAGGAUCUGGCAAUUAGUCACUCUAUCUCAAAGCAUACUGGCUCCAUUGUUCUCAACCUCAAAGUGUCCCAGGUUCUUCUACAGCAAGCUGAACAGAGUCUGGAUAAUGUGGAGGAAGCCCAAUUGGGCGCCCCAUGCUUUGAUGAGGUGGAUGCUGUGAUGAAGAGGGCGAACAUGGAAAAAGAGCGCAAUGAUGGUGUUGGGAAGGCUAUGGGGCCACCGUUCGAAAAUUAUAUAUCCAAGUGGACCAUUAAUGGAGAUGAGGAGGUCAGUCAGUGCAGUUCAGCUCAAGAUGAGAGCUUCGAAAGCACAUCCUAUCCUAGUAGUGUACAGGACAGACAUAGUGUGAACAGCUACCAGGAAUCUGAGACCCAGGAAAGCACUGAUCUGGAGCAACUAUUCAAGAGUUUUGCCGGUAUUCAGAGCGAUAGUGAGGGGAGCACAAAUUACCACACUAUCAAUCACACUUUUGAUGUGACCAAUGGCGUGCUGGAGGCUACAAGCCAAACAGAGGACGAGGGAAGUUCAGAUGGUGCAGACUGUACACAGACACAGCAAUCUAGCAUGUUCUACACACCCAAACACUACCUGUCCAACUGCGCACCAUCUGGUGAAGAGCGUUCUCAGUCAGAGGAUGAGUUGGACAUCAUAGUGGAGGUGUGUCGACCCAGCUCAUCCCCAGCAGAGGGAAAACAGGCUGUUGAAAACAGUCUGAGUGAAUACCAUCUUGCUCAAGAGGACUCAAAGGAUUCUGAAUCUAUUACCCCUGUGCACAUGUGCAUUCCUACCAUCAGUUGUUUGCCAGACCUGGCUGAGAUUGCAGACCACUCCAGCAUAUCCUGUUCACCAGCCCAUCACCAAGAAUGGGUGGAGUCAGCUGAAGCCCCGCCCGUCCCUCUCAGCAGAGGACAUCCACCCUGUAACAGCACCCCACGCAGCCCAAAAGGCCAUAGGACACACAUUCAAUAUGUGCAGGUUGGCACUGAACCCCUCCCUCACCUCCAGAGCCUGUUGGACUCGUCACCAUGGGGCAGUGCUCCAUCCCAUACUGUCUGCACAGAGAGUUACGCCACAGCCAGCGCAGGAGACAGCAGCACUACAAAUGCCUCUGUGUCCAGCGUCCUGCAGUCUCCAGCGUUAAUCAACAUCUCUAAGGAUGGAAGGGAGGAAAUAGACUCUCCCUCCAGCGGUAAUGCAGAGUUCACCACUGCCAGCUCUGGAGCCAGACAGACCACUGAGACCAGCCAGGGGACCAGUGAAGAGAUAGAGCUUCCUAUUGAGAAUACUGAUGUGGAUGAGGAGGGACAGGAGGUAGGUGACGGCCCGUCAGAUUCUGAACAUCAAUGUGAGCAAGAGUCCGCUGAUGAAAAGGUGUUUGAUGAUGAAAACAUUGCAAAGAGGAUGGAAGGGUGUGAGGGUGAAAACCCAUGUCAGAUACAUGACCAACAUCCAGAUGUCAACCCUGCUGAUAUGGAUAGUAAUGCAAACUUACGGAGUCAUAGCCUUGAUGAAACGGAGAGGGCAAGCUUCACCCUUGAUGAGGAUCUACAGAGAAUGCUUUUGGAAAGAGCCACAGAGCAGAGAACCCCUAGAGACUCAGGGUCCCUCGUGUCUCAGUCUGACAUAAAAGGAGAGGGGGAUGUGAGAGAGGACUUGGGUUGUCCAGAAGGGGACUACAUAGAGACAUCAGAAUGUAUAAACGAGCUGGGAGAGAAGAUCGAGGCAGCUGAUCAGGAGAACCAUCCUAACAGAGUUCUUGAGCAGACAGUUCCAGAGUCAGUCAAUCUGCACCGUUAAAAAGAUGAGCC